UGGGGGGCGAUCUCGCAACAUCCUCUUUUAAAUUGCGAGUUAUCGUAAUUGUUUCAUUGUAACAGAUUGAGCUUACGUCUCGGCGGACUCAUGCAUUUGAAUGUUGGGUGCCUAGUGCCACGCAUAUCGAUAUGAUAUGGGCUAUCUGUUUCAAUAAUAAAACCCUUGACCUGAAAUUUUAAAAGUUACAUUGUUAAGAAAAUCUGGUCAGAGGCAACGGUAGCAAAGUGCGUUGUAUACUUUGGACAUCUAUGUGAUUUUAAUUUGUUGUGGAGUUAUAAAUCACUGACAAAAUGGGCGAAAUGCAGGGAGAAGUUUCGGAAUUAACCCAUUUUAUGCAGAGGUUUUCUUGGGUGGAUUAUGUUGUGUUUGUGUUUAUGUUGGCUAUUAGUGCUGUUGUGGGUGUUUACUGGGGUUUCAUGAAGAAACAGACCACGCAAGCUGAUUACCUACUCGGGGGACGAAAUAUGAAAGUGAUUCCUGUUUCUAUGUCACUUGUGGCAAGUUUCGUGUCAGGAAUAACGUUGUUGGGGUCACCAACAGAAGUUUACAUGCAUGGGACUCAAUACGCGUUUAUCAUGGGAGCAAUAUUCUUGAUGUCGGUAAUCAUGACGCAGGUUUAUUUGCCCGUGUUCUAUGAACUCAAGAUUACUUCCAAUUAUGAGUACUUAUCAAUUAGAUUCGACAACAGAGUCCGAUUGUUUGGAUCAAUUUUGUUCGCUUUCACGUUGAUAGGCUGGUUGCCUAUUGUGAUAUACGUUCCAGCACUGGCAUUUAAUCAAGUAACGGGUGUUGACAUACACGUAAUCACUCCGAUAGUAUGUUUGGUCUGCAUUUUCUACACUAGUGCGGGUGGAUUACAAGCAGUAGUUUGGACGGACGUGAUCCAAAUUACCGCAAUGUUUGGUGCCAUGGCCUUGGUCGCAAUAAAAGGGACCAUUGACGUGGGUGGCAUUGGAGUUGUCUUCCAAAGGAACAUGGACAGCGGAAGGAUUGAAAUGCCGAAUUGGGAUCCGAAUCCUCUGACGCGGCACACAAUAUGGAGUCUUGUUGUAGGCGGGACCAUUUAUUGGCUACAAGCAAAUGCUGUCAAUCAGACUAUGAUACAAAGAUAUCUUUCAUUGCCGACUUUGCGGGGAGCUAAAUGGGCAGUUUUCCUGUUCUGUAUUGGCAUCUCAUUCCUUUACUGUUUCUGUCUUUAUUGCGGCUUGUUGAUCUACGCAAGAUUUUACGACUGCGAUCCUUUGCAGACUAAGUUAGCUAAAGCGAAGGACCAACUCCUUCCAUUGUUGGUAAUGGAUGUUCUUGGCGAGAUCCCUGGAUUACCUGGAGUCUUUAUAGCCGGCAUUUUCAGCGCAGCUCUAAGUUCCUUAUCAACGAGUUUGAAUUCGAUGUCUGCAGUUGUGUUGGAAGAUUUCUACAAGCCCUUCUUCAAGAAACCUUUAACAGAUAGACAGGCCAGCUGGAUCAUGAAGGGAGUCGUCGUGAUACUGGGCACGCUCUGUGUAGCCUUAGUGUUUAUAGUGGAGAAGAUGGGAACAAUCUUACAAUUGACGAUGACGUUAGAAUCUAUGACGAUGGGCCCACAACUUGGUGUUUUCACCAUGGGGAUUCUUAUGCCUUGGGUAGAUGCUACAGGUGCCCUAAUAGGUGGUGUAAGCGGUCUAGCAGUGAUGUCUUGGUGGUGCCUCACCUCACAACUGGCCAUAGCUAGAGGACAAAUAGUGCACUCACACAAGUCCCUGUCUACUGCAGGAUGCACUUACAACUUCACUGCAGUGGAAGACGUUGUUGAAGAAUCCGUGUUUAGUGAGGAAGUAAACCCGGUGCUUAGAGUGUCAUACAUGUGGUACACUCUCGCGGGGAUGAUGGUGAGCAUAUGCGUUGGUGCGAUCGUCUCCCGGAUAAAUCGUGCGAGAGGGACGCCGCACCUACCUCCCGCUCCGUGUCUCCUCGCGCCUCAACUGAGGAGGUUAUAUAAGGAACCUCCACACCCUACUGAUGACCCCUUCAUUAGUGCUUAUGGACAAAAUAAGGAAGCCUGCCACGUGAACUCUACCUCAAUAAGCAUGAAGCCAAUCACGGAAUCAGAAGAAAUUAAAAUGUCAGAAGAAAAGCUGCACGUUUCUGCAGUAAGACUUUCGCUGCAACAUUUUGGGUGGUUUGAUUAUGUCUUAUUUGUUUUAAUGUUAACGGUUUGCGGAGGAAUCGGAGUUUUUUUCGGUUUUGUGAAGAAACAGAGUUCGACUCAAGAUUAUUUAAUGGGCGGACGAAAUAUGAAGUUAUUGCCCGUUUGCUUCUCGUUAGUCGCAAGUUUUAUUUCAGGCAUAUCGUUAUUAGGUAUACCGACAGAGCUGUAUAUUUAUGGCACAGCAUAUGUAUUUACUUUGAUUGGUACUUUAUUGAUGUCAAUAAUAUUCACUUAUACGUUUUUACCAAUACUUCACGAUUUGGGAUUGACUUCAGCUUAUGAGUAUUUGGAACUUCGGUAUGAUAAACGUUUGAGAGUAUUCGGAUCUGUCUUGUUCAGCGUAUAUUUGAUGGCGUGGCUGCCCAUAGUUAUUUAUGUACCAGCUUUAGCAUUCAAUCAAGUAACUGGCGUGAACAUUCAUAUUACAACUUCUAUAGUAUGCUUUGUGUGCAUAUUUUAUACGUCUUUGGGUGGUUUAAAAGCCGUCGUAUGGACGGAUGUAAUACAAACUAUAGUGAUGGUAGGAGCUAUGAUCCUGGUCAUCAUAAAAGGCACCAUCAUCGCUGGCGGUUUCGGGGAGGUGUUCAGAGAAAAUUGGAACACAGGCCGAAUUGAAAUACCACCUGUCACACUAGAUCUAACAGUGAGACAUACGAUAUGGUCAGUGUCCAUUGGUUCUACGUUUUACUGGAUCGGCAACGUUGCCGUCAAUCAAUCCAUGUUGCAAAGGUUUUUAGCGUUGGCUGAACUUAAAUCAUCCAAAAGAGCCAUCUGGGGAUUUUUCGGCGGUGUAAUGUUCAUAGUUAUAAUAUGCGGGUACAGUGGUUUGUUGGCCUAUGCAAAGUACCACGAAUGUGACCCAUUGGACUCUCGACUGGCGCUUGCCAAAGACCAACUGUUGCCUCUGCUGGUAAUGGAUGUGUUAGGAGACUGGCCUGGCAUGCCGGGCAUUUUUGUGGCGGGAGUCUUCAGUGCAUCUCUUAGUUCACUAUCUACUGGCCUCAACUCGAUGGCUGCUGUAGUAUUAGAAGAUUUCUGGAAACCAUUCUUCAGGCCAUUAACUCACAGGCAAACUCAAAUAAUGAUCCGAUCUGUGGUCGUUAUACUUGGAGUUAUUUGUGUCGGUUUAGUGUACGUAGUAGAAAUGUUGGGGUCCGUUCUACAGCUGACAAUGAGCUUGUCAUCAGCUUCUAUGGGACCCUUGGCUGGAGUGUUCGUGAUGGGGAUAUUCUUGCCGUUUAUAGAUGGUACGAGCGCUUUGAGCGGAGGUAUCAUAGGCCUAUUGUCGGCAUGGUGGUUAGCCGCGCAGUCACAGUUGGUACAAGCGAGGGGACUGAUGCAAUCUAGUGAAAAACCUAGAUUCACACAAAAUUGUACUUACGAGUUUGAUGAAAUUGUACAUAAUGUGGUUGACGCUGAAAGUGAAGUACCGUACUUGUACAGAAUCUCUUUCAUGUGGUUCACUGCGUUCGGGUGUAUGGUGACCGUUGGUAUUGCUUGCAUAGUCAAUUUCCGAAAAACGGCUAAAGUUCACAAUGACCAUCGAUUGUUUGCUCCCUUUAUACGAAAAUGGUUGGAGAAGGACAAGGUAAAUCAAAUGUAUUUGAAAAACAUUCAGAAAUGAUUAAAUUACCUACAACGCGGAUAUGGAUUGCGAUGGAUUUCAUCAUAUUUUGAAAAUAGUGAUCGAAACCAACUACUUACUGCAUAUUUAAAAAGUUGAUGAAUAAUACCUGUUAAUACGUAAUACGAGUAAUGUUAAGUACCUAAUGGUAGGUGUAAUAUAAUAUGAUUAAAAAUAGU